AUGGCCGGGCGCGCGUUCGACAGGAUGUGCGGAGCAGCUUAUGCGGUCGAGCACGCCCUGGAGGACGCCGUGGAUGCUGUCAAGCAUUUCCCAUUGCCAAAGAAGCACUUCCGUCCGGCAGGCGUGAAGGCGGGUCAUUUCCCUCCGAUGCCCUGGUGGCACCAUGCCUUCCACGACCCCUACGAGAGGGUCAACGUGUUCUCCCACGGCAUCCCCGCGCUCGGAUUCUGGAUCCUAGCCAUCAGUUCCUUCAUGGGCUGGUUCCCGGGCGGGACGCCGAUGGCCCUGUUCGGCCUGGCGGCCGCCACCACGCACACGGGGUCCACCAUCGCGCACCUUUGGCCGGACGACGAGUGGUGCGAGAAGGGCGACCACAUGGGCAUCACCGCGCUCAUCAUCGGCGUCCCCAUCUCGGCGUCCAUGAGUCAGGACCCGGAGGCCGACGUGUCGGCCAUGCUGUGGCUCUCCAUCGUCCUGAUGUGUGCGGCAUUCACCAGCCACAGGACGCUGCGCACGCUGGGAUAUAUCUUGGGCGGAGCCGGCCUGUUCCUCAUCAUGCUGGCGCGCGGCGCUGCGACGUCCAACCUGUGCGCGCAGUGCGUGCUGUACCUCACAGGCGGCGUGUUUUACAUUCGGAGCAAGAACUGGAACAGCCGCGACCAGCACGGACCACAGGGGCUCUCGGACCACCACCUGAUGCACUACUUCGUCACCACCGCCUCGGUGCUGCAAGUAUACGGCAUCCUGCACGCCCACGGGCACAUCGAGGCGCCGUGGCCGCACGUGCACUUCUCGUGA